AUGGCGCAGCCUCCACCCUCAGGCUUCCUGCACGGAGUAGCCUCCUUCGACCCAUCCCACGAGGCUGUGAUCAUCUGGACGAGAUGGACGCCCGCCACCACCAAGGUGCCACAGGUGGUGGUGGAAUGGGAGGUGGCGGCGAUGAAAGAUUUCAGCAGCCUGACGGCCAGCGGCACCUUUGAAACCGACGCCAGCCGCGACUGGACGGUGGCUGUGGAUGUGACGGGGCUGCAGCCCGCCAAGCGCUACUAUUACCGCUUCAACGUCGGCAAGGCGCAGACCGUCACCGGCAUCACCAAAACUCUGGGCACGGGGAGGGUGGAGGAGCUGCGCUUCGCCACAGUGUCCUGCUGCAACUGGGGGUUCGGAUUUUUCCACGUGUAUGAGCUGGUGGCCAAGGUGGAUGCACUGGAUUUUGUGCUGCACUGCGGAGAUUAUAUUUACGAGGCAAGGCGCCAGCCGCCUUACGAGAAGUACAACUACCCUGCGAAGCAGUUCCAGGCGCGGCACGGCCUGCGGCCCAAGCACCGGCUGAAGGAGCUUGGGGACUACCGGGAGCGCUAUGCCUGCUACCGGACCGACCCUGCGCUGCAGGAGAUGCACCGCAGGGUGCCCAUGAUUGCGGCGUGGGAUGAUCACGAAAUCGCCGAUUCGGCGCACGUUGGAGGCGCCGAGGACUUCAAGGGCACGCAGCAGGAGUGGGAUGCACAGAAGGUGGCGGCCAUCACGGCGUAUGUGGAGUGGAUCCCCAUCCGCGGCAUGAGCCACGACAGCAUCAACCUGAUGGGCUGCCACCGCACCUUCUCCAUUGGCGACCUGGCCACCAUCAUGCUCGUGGAGAACCGCAUCAGCUGCCGCCAGCCGCCGGUGGACAUGAAGGAAACGCAGUUCUACAAGGAGACGGCAGAGAAGCACCCCAAGCAGUGGGAUGACGACGCCAUCCUGGCUGCCAAGGCAGACCUGAUGCAGCAGUUCAGGGACCCCGGGCGCACCAUGCUGGGGGAGGUGCAGCUGGAGGAUGUGAAGCAGGCGGUGGCGCAGUCGGUGGCCAACCGGCAGCCCUGGCAGAUCCUGAUCAGCCAGGUGAUCAUGGCGCAGCUCAAGGCGCCCAAGCUGAAGGAGUGCGCCGGGCUGCAGCCCAAGCUGCUGGCCAAGCUGUGCAGCGGCGCCCUCAACCUCGCCACCGACGUCGCCAAGUCGGGCAAGGAAGGCGCUGAGCUGGCGCGCAUGUACCUCGGCAUGGGCAAGUACGGCGUGCCCAUGAACCCCGAUGCGGGCGACGGCUACCAGGCGGAGCGGGCAAAGCUGUUUGAUGCCUUGGGGCAGCCUGGCACCAACCCCGUGGUUCUGGCGGGCGACAGCCACAACGCCUGGUGCUCCGAGAUUCGGGACGAUGACGGCAAGCGGCUGGGGGUGGAGUUUGAUGCACCUGCGGUCACUUCCAUCGGCGCGUUUGAGGACAUCUACAGCCGGUUUGAGGAGAAGGCGGGCAAGUUUGCAAAGCUGUUCCCGCUGUGGGUGUUCACGCCAUGGAUAGAGGACAGCCUGCAGUGCGCCAACCCCGACACCCUCAAGUUUGCGCUGCUGGACCAGCGCGGCUUUGUGCUGCACCACCUGACGCGCGCCUGCUAUCACGCCGAGUUCCACUUUGUGUCGACGGUGCAGAAGAAGAAGUACUCGCACUACUGCGCUGCGGUGUUUGAGGCGGAGGCGGGCAAGCGGGGGCAGCUGAAGAAGGGGGUGCGCUACAUGACGAUCGACGGUGCGGUGCCGGAGCGGGAGCGGCCGCGGCGGUCGGCCCUGCUGCGCUCCGCGUGCGACAUCCUGCCGCACAAGUGGGGUAUGCCCUAG